AGCUGCACUGGCCAGGGGUUCCGGCUGCAUUUCCAUGAGCGCCGGCGGCAGCCGCUGAGCUUCGGGAACCCGACUGGGGGCGAACUGGGCCGCAGUAGUCAACCACACGCAGAGAUGGUACCUGUCAGGUGUUUCUGAAGAUUAUGUUACAAGAUAAAGGACAAAAGCAGUGUGAGUUUGCGUUAGCCAGAGUUUUGAACGCAGCAGAUAACUUGUCCUGGAAACCACAGAGAGCCCGUCAGUAUGUGGAUUCACAGAGGCUUCACCAGCAGCUUUUAGGUUAAAUCGAAUGAGAUCUGACCUGACCGGCCCAGCUGUACAGCUUUUCAAGAACAGUUCAUAUUUGCAGUAGAGAGGAACUGGUGACGUAGAUCAAGAUGAAUGCCAUGCUGGAGACCCCCGAGCUCCCGGCCGUGUUUGACGGGGUGAAGCUGGCCGCAGUGGCUGCUGUGCUGUAUGUGAUUGUCCGGUGUUUGAACCUGAAGAGCCCCACGGCCCCGCCUGAACUCUACUUCCAGGACUCGGGGCUCUCGUGCUUCCUGCUCAAGUCCUGUCCUCUUCUGACCAAAGAAUAUAUUCCACCUUUGAUCUGGGGGAAAAGUGGACACAUCCAAACAGCCUUGUAUGGGAAGAUGGGAAGGGUGAGGUCACCACACCCGUAUGGGCACCGGAAGUUCAUCACCAUGUCUGACGGAGCCACUUCGACCUUUGACCUCUUCGAGCCCUUGGCUGAGCACUGUGUGGGAGAUGAUGUUACCAUGGUCAUCUGCCCUGGAAUUGCCAAUCACAGCGAGAAGCAGUACAUCCGCACCUUCGUUGACUACGCCCAGAAAAAUGGCUAUCGGUGUGCCGUGCUGAACCAUCUGGGCGCCUUGCCCAACAUUGAACUGACCUCGCCACGCAUGUUCACCUACGGCUGCACCUGGGAAUUUGGAGCCAUGGUAAACUACAUCAAGAAGACAUAUCCCCUGACCCAGCUGGUGGUCGUGGGCUUUAGCCUGGGUGGUAACAUCGUGUGUAAAUACUUGGGAGAGACCCAGGCCAACCAAGAAAAGGUUCUGUGCUGCGUCAGCGUGUGCCAGGGCUACAGUGCACUGAGGGCCCAGGAAACCUUCAUGCAGUGGGAUCAGUGCCGGCGCUUCUACAACUUCCUCAUGGCCGACAACAUGAAGAAGAUCAUCCUCUCGCACAGGCAAGCUCUUUUUGGAGACCAUGUUAAGAAACCUCAGAGCCUGGAGGACACGGACUUGAGCCGCCUCUACACAGCCACAUCCCUGAUGCAGAUCGACGACAAUGUGAUGAGGAAGUUUCAUGGCUAUAACUCCCUGAAGGAAUAUUACGAGGAAGAAAGCUGCAUGAGGUACCUGCACAGGAUUUAUGUACCUCUCAUGUUGGUGAAUGCAGCCGAUGACCCCUUGGUGCAUGAAAGUCUUCUAACCAUUCCAAAAUCUCUUUCCGAGAAACGGGAGAACGUCAUGUUUGUGCUGCCCCUGCACGGGGGCCACCUGGGCUUCUUUGAGGGGUCCGUGCUGUUCCCCGAGCCCCUGACAUGGAUGGAUAAGCUGGUGGUGGAGUACGCCAACGCCAUUUGCCAGUGGGAACGUAACAAGUCGCAGUGCUCUGACACGGAGCAGGUGGAGGCCGACCUGGAGUGAGGCACCCCCCGGACUCUGGUGCGCUCCAGCUGCCCUGGUCACCGGCUGUUUCAGGUCUCCCAUCUCCCUCAGUGACCUGGAUCUGACCUCACGCCAUCAACGGGGAGCACCCACUAGACACACCUGACUUGAAGUAGGUGGCCGUCCCUGGGAGCUCCAGGCUAUUUUUGUGCUUAGUUACUGGUUUUCUCCACUGCAUUGUUAGCCAUGGUGACAAGCGACGGGGUUUUCACCCUCCUGUCCGGUGUCAGCAUCUGAUUGCUUUCAAGCCAAUUACAUCUAGUUUCCCUAUUAAAAAUGUGUCUGAACAGCAGUUUUGCUUUGCCAAUCAGCAGGCUUUUCCCCAAGAGCAGUGAAGGAUGUAUGUUAUUUUGUGGUGGUGUAUGUGUCCUGACGUAGACCCUAAAAAGAGCCAACGCUGUAGAUGCAGCUCAGCUUGGGAGCCUGGGGCCCUGGGCCUCCCAGGCCAAGACUGUGGCCUCUUACAUGGCAAAGAAAAUUCCCUUGAGUCACAAACCAACUUUCUCCCGCACUGUCUUCUAAGACAGUUUUCCCACAGGUUGCUGAUGAUGAGAGUUACCUGGGGCGCUUGGUACAAAUUCAGCCUCCCAGGUCCCUCCCCUUGGAGAAGCUGUUUCAGUGGGUCUGGGAAGGGGCCUGGGGAUUCUAAUUUUUGACAAGUGCCCCAGGUGAUUCUCCUCACCAGGCAAAUUUGAGAAGCACGGUUGUGCGGAGCCUUUAAAUUAGAAACAUCUCGGUAGUUUGUGUUGUUGAAAUUCGUAGUCGGAGGUAUCUCUUAGAUCCCAGGAGCCUCCAAAGCUGCAAGGCCUGUCGUGUACGGCUGCCCUGGUGUGAUCGCUAUGUGAUGUCUCAGAAAGGGCUUGGGCUGGGGGUGAACCCUUCAGGCCAUGCCUGACUCUGCCUCUCACUGGCUAUAUGACCCUGGAAAAGUCCCUUUGAACUUUUAUUUCUUCACCUGCUAAAUGGGGGACUUGGGCCAGGUAGAUUGCCGAUAUCGCUACCAGUUCUAAAGUUCAAUGACAAACUCAGUUUACUGAGGUUUGAGAGAACACCUCUCCAGGGAAGCCUGAGAGCUAUUCUAAGCAUGUAGACGUCAUCAUUUGCCUUUCUUUUUUUUUUUUUUCUGUCCCUCAUUUCAUAUAAAGAGGGUUUUUUUUGGGUUUUUUUUUUUUUUUUAAAGCACUCAGUUAUAAUUUUAUGUUUUUAACCCAGGUCUCUCUAACUCUGGCUUUUGAUACCAAACAAUUCAAAAGUUGGAUCUGAGUUUGGAGAAAUAUCUUUCCAACUGAAGAGGGUGUGAUUUUGAAACCAGAUUUUGUAAUGUAAUAGCUCAUAUUUGUAGCCUAUUGGAUAGAUCUUUCCAGAGUGUUAUCUUCUCAAAUGAAAAGUCACUCUACAUUUCAAGUACUCCUUUCCUCCAAUCCUGUGGUACUUGAAUAUCUAAAAACCCUGCACUUUGAAAAAUCAGCAGUUGCUAUCUGGAACUAAACAGAAUUACAAGUGAAAGGACCUAGAUACUUUAAAAAAAAAAAAAUUUCCCGGCUUCCUCUCCUUUGCUAUAGGACAGACAGGAAUAUAAAUAGUGGGUCUGUAUGUGGAUGUUUAAGGGGUAAAGGGAGCCACCUGAGGGCCUGGCUGCAGACCCUCAUGGCCGCAGGUGGAUGUAGUUUGGGCAUCGGUCCAAGUCAUGUGACAGUAAUGUCUGUAACCUGAAGAAGUUGUUUUCUGACAAUCACCAGAUCAUCCUAAAUAAUAACAUCAAAAACAGCCGUGUCUGAAGAGACUGAGACUUCUAUGGUCUCGACUUUGCUUCGGUACAAUUUCUCACACACACCAAAUUCAUCAUUGUGACUUUCCUCCCAAGUUGUUACUUUUCAAGUGCAUUUCUUUUUCGUGUUCUUUUAGUACGAAUUGGCACUUUAUCAUCUACCCCUCAAUUUCGAAGCUAGUCUCUCCCCUCUGUUAUUUUUCCUUCCAACCAACAACCACAGCUAUAAUCUAGAAGAUUCACGGUCAUAUAUCCUGCUACAACCUUCAUGUCUCAAGACCUUUUUUUGUGAAAUUAGAUGAACGAAGCAAUAACUUAAUGGGGUUGAAUCACCAUCCCAGGAAGCAAGAGGCUCCUUUUCAUUUGCCUUAGGUCACAUCCCUUGAUCUAUUCCGACAAAGUAGUGGCCAGGUACCAGCUCCAUUCAGGAGGAGAAAACAGUCCUGUUGUCACACACUUGGCGGGGAUGGGGGCACAAGUCCUUGGAGCCUGGUGUGCAUGGCAGUUCUGGUGGUCCACGGAGGGGAGGCAGGGCUCGGGGCACAGCCUUUGUUGCCACAUAACCGGAAUUUACCCCACAGGACUGUGGGGACCGCCUCCCAGCUGAAAUCUUUUUAGUGUGUGACUCUGAAUGGCACUUACAUUCCAUUUUGGCUCACGUGAAAUCAACUGAAGGCCUCUGUUCAAGCUUCAGGCUCUCAGGCAUGGAAAUAAGUGUGUAACUGUGGCUAUCUUACAGGAAAAUUCUUGUUUGCCCCUGAAUGAGAGCACAGAGGCAUUGAAUUUACAGAGAUGCGAGCUCGCCUGAUAAACAAGGGAGCAGCAUUUUAUAUGUAGGUCAGCUUUUUCCUUCCUCCAGCUUUCCUUGCUUUUCGUUCGUUCCUGAUGAUAAUGUGAGGGCUCUUCUUGCUACUGAGGUCCUCUUGGGCUAAAACAAGGCAGAAUUUUCAAAGAGCAUUUGAAUAUUAUAUUUUAAAAUCAGGUUAAAAAUACAGUAAAAUCAGGUUAAGGAUAUAAAUUGCAGAGACCUAGACAGUUCUAUCGCAGGAAGAACAUGUUAAAAACCAAGCAGGUUUUUAACAAUUCUCCGGGUUGUUCUCCCUGCCUCUAAACAUUUGAAGACAAUGAUGAAGAUCCCAGUCAAGUCAGGAUUAUCUGACUUGAAAAAAUGGUCUCAAGUCUCCUUUAUGCAUUUAUGUUAGUAGGGAAUUUAACGGACUUGAAGAAAACCUCUUACCUUCCCGCCCGUGAGUUUGCACCAGUGAUUCCAGAGCAGAAGGAAGGCAGAAAGUUGUUUGUUGUCACUAUAUUCUUUGAACCUCCCCGCAGCGUUUUACACAUGAGAGUGGGAAUAUACCUGCAAGGGGAGCGUCCCUUUCUUGACAUGGUGUUAGGGAACCAGGAUUCAGGAGACUUGGAUUCUUGUCCUAUCUCUAAUUCACAUUGGAUUGUGGGCAAUCACUUCACCUCUCCGUGCCCCAGUUACCUCAUCUUAGACCAUCUCUAAGUCCACUUCAUCUACUUACACGUCAUUUGCCAGAACAUUCCCGCUGGCCUUCUUACAGCCCUUGCAAGUGGAAACAGAUAAGUCAAGACUUCGGGCUUAUCUUGAGGGGACUCAGAGAGAGGGAGCUACUGCAUUCAGCCUUUGCUGGUGAAGACCCUUGAUUUUUGCCCAAAGCCCUGUGUCUCUGACUGGCUUCUCUUCAGAGCCUCCACUGUCAUCUCAAUAUUCUUUCUGUACUGAGGGUGGUCUUAUGACUGGGACAGGUGCUGACCGUUGGAACGAGGUGAAUAUCCCCAUCCUUCUGUGUGACUCGGGCAAGCUUUGAGAGUUCCCAGGACAGAAACCCUUCCUGCUCAGACUUUCAUUCUAAAACUACAGUCUUCAUUAAAGCUGAACUUUCUGGGUAGCUGAGCUUAUAUGCCUGGCAUCUGAAUGAGAGCUCUCUUUGUCACUGUGUGGCUUGAGAUCCGUUUUGCCAGCUCCGGGGAAACAAUAUGUGUGUUCUUGUUAGUGUUUGCCGGGCAAGCAGAUGUCUGAGCUGUGAGAGGCUUUUCUUUUCCCGUGGCAUUGCUUCUGACUUAGCGCUAAAGUGAAGAUCACUGAAACAUCACGUUGAGUUGAAACUCAGGUCUUUGUCGUCUAAGGCAGGACAGGAGAGUUAUUAAGAAGCAUUUCACUGCAGCAUCCGCUCACAAUACCAUCUGGAAUUGUUCUCUUUGCCCAGAAAGCCUUAACUUGCCUCUAGAAUAUCCCCUGGUGGUACAACACUAUUGUGGCUUUGGAAUUCAAAUUAUUCUGCUGUAGAAGUCUGAAGCAAAGCUACAGCAAAACCAGAAAAUGUCUUCAUGUGGCCUGUACGCUCCUUAUUACAUUAGGUGCCCCCCACCCCUGACAAUAAGAGCAAUCCAGAACUGGCCAAACACCUCAUCUCUGACGCCUUUCUUCCUUCUUGGCCUCACUCUGUUGUUCAAAGCCACUGUGGAUGCUUCAAAAAACCAUGAAAAGUGGCCUGCCUUUGGCAUUUAGAGGCCAAGCAAUGGGGGGAAAGGUUUUCUUCUCCCCCCUGUUAUCAAAGCAGAGGGAAGUGCCCCCCUCUUCAUAAACUAGAAUUGCUUUUGCCAAAUUGUAUUUGAAGGGGAACGGGCCCCUACUCGCAGUGAGAACUGGAAUGCUAUCCAAAACUAAAGCUGCUUCCUCUUGCCUGUGUCACUGCUGCCACUGCCUCCGGACGCUGUAGCCCAGGCAUCCCCCCGAAGUGGCCCUUGGAAGCAGGCUGCAGAGCCCAGCUCGCCAGCCAUUCUCAGACCCCAGAUGGUAGACAGAUGCCCCUUUUGAAGGAGUCAGCCCCCCCCACACACCAUGUUUUCUGAACCGUUUUUCCUAGCAUGUAUUGUGGGUAAAACAUUCAUCUAUCUCUAAUGAAUAAGCUGAAGUUAAUUUCCAACCAGUGGAUUAAGUCCUUUAACUCGACUCCUGUCAGUUAGUAAUAAAACCUAUAACCUGCCGCCUCGCCGUUCUGGUCCCCAUUAGCCAAGAAAUCUAUCGCCGUAAGUUGGGGACAAUCCAUGUAUAGCACCUGCAGAAAUACCCUUCAUCUCAAUAGGCAUUCUCCUUCCAGACCACCCACAUGGAGCAGCCAACAGUCACCUAGAAUAAUUGCUGAGCCCUCAGUCCCAGCGCCAGCCACUCCCUCCCAGUGGGUGGACCGAGUUCCUGGGUGUGGGAGUUAGGUUUGGUUUGGUUUUUGUUUUGGCCUCUUUAGUUUUCCUAAAGCACAAGUCCAUGUAGAAUCCUGUCACCUCUCCACACCAGUUUCAGAUGAUCUGGGUCUCUCCCACUGCCUCAGGAAGACCUUCACUGUACCUGAGCUUUUGACUUCUGCCACUGCAGCUGCCUUAGCGACACCAGGAGCUGGGGGCGUGGAGGGGGGAGCCAGUUUGCAUCUCCCCCUUUCCUGGUUAGACUUCCAUGAACCACAUUCUUCUGUUGGCAGAUCUGCUUCCAGAUUGAUUUUUGAGAACCAUCACUUUCACAUUCCUAAUUUUUGUUUGUUUUGUUUGAUUUUUUUUUUUUUGGACUUUCUGAAACUUCAAAUGCUGCCCUGAAAAUAAUGUAUUUUUGAGUUUGUGUUCUGAAAGCCUCCGUGCUGGUGGAUUGGGGGGUGGGGGAGGUGGAAUACGGGAUCCUCCAGCACUGAGGUGUUUAAGAUUUGCAACUAGCAAUGCAAUUUUUUCUAAAUAUGAGGAUAUUUACCUUUAUUAAGAAAUUAUACUAAACAGUGGUGUCCUUGAUCAUUUUAUGUUCUCAUAUUACUUUUGGUUCUGUUUUGAUUCUGUGUGGUGGUAAACAAAGAUCAUUACAAACAAAAACUGUAAUUUUGUUAUCUUUGAUUCAAUGGAAUUUCUUUACUUAAAAAAAUAAAAGACUAAAAAUGUGG